CAUGCUUUCCCGCCUCAACACACCGCUAGCCCAGAUCAUCAUUCUGGGCUUCGUCGCCUUCUGCUCUCCAGGCAUGUUCAAUUCCCUCUCUGGUCUUGGAGCAGGAGGCAGAAUGGGUUCAGAUGUCGCCUUGGUCGACUCCGCCAACGCUGCCCUGUAUGCUUGCUUUGCCAUUGUUGGUUUCUUCGCUGGUUCUGUGGUCAACACCUUUGGUCCCAAGUACACCCUUAUGGUCAGUACUUUAGGUUAUAUCAUUUACAGCGCUUCUCUCUGGGUAUACGAUGUCAAGGAAAAUAGUGGAUUCGUUAUCGCUGCCGGUGCCAUUCUUGGUUGCUGCGCUGGUGUUUUCUGGACAGCACAAGGUGCUAUCAUGAUGGCUUAUCCAGGUGAACAAGAAAAGGGUCGUUUUGUAUCUAUCUUUUGGACCAUUUUCAAUCUUGGUGGUGUCCUCGGCUCCCUCAUUCCGCUUGGAAUGAACUUGACCAAUGGUGGUCAUGGUGGUGUCUCCACUGCUACCUACACAGUGUUCGUCGUCAUCAUGGGCGUAGGUACUGUUCUUUGUGUGCUCAUUGCCCCUCCUUCCAAAGUGGUUAGAAAGGACGGCAGUACAGUUGAAGUGCACGCCAAUUUGGGAUGGAAGGAAGAACUCAAGGGUGUCCUUCGAGUUGUUUCUGAGUGGCGCAUUCUUGCUUUGAUCCCAGCUUUCCUUGCCUCCAACUGGUUCUAUGCCUAUCAAUUCGGCUUGAAUGCCAUCUACUUCGAUAUCCAAACCCGUGCCUUGAAUGGUGUGGUUUACUGGGCUGCUCAAAUUCUUGCCUCCAUCAUGUUGGGUUUCCUUUUGGAUUACAAGGGCCUUCCCCGUCGCACGCGUGGUCUUCUCGGUUUGGGCGUGACAGCUGCUGUCUCUAUGGCAGUUUGGGCUGGUGGUCUUGCCUUCCAACUCACCUUUGACCGCUCUUUCUCUACCCCCAUCAACUGGAACACUCCUGGAUUUGGUGGCCCGUUCUUCCUUUACUUGAUGUAUGGCUUCACUGAUGCUCUUUAUCAAUCCUAUCUCUACUGGCUUAUGGGAGCCAUGAGCAACGACUCCAAUACUCUUGCUCGCUAUGCCGGUUUCUACAAGGCUGUUCAAUCCGCUGGUGGUGCUAUCUCUUUCGGUAUUGAUGCCGUUCACACCGACCUUGUGAUUGAGCUCGCUAUCUGCUGGGCGCUGGUCGCCAUCUCUUUGCCCUUGAUCUUCCUCGUCGCCCGACAAGUCAACAAUACCAAUGUUGAAGGAAACGUAGAUGUAGUCGGCGGAGAAAAGAGAGAUUUGGAGAAGCUUGAUUCAGGCAAAGGCACCAUCAUGAACAAGGACGAUGCUAGUUUCUAAAGCGAAUCGGUUUGAAUGCUGCAUCAUAGCGAAAGCUCUUCACUGUAUUUGUAAAGAAAACUAUAGUUAUAAGAGGCACAUUGUCUUUACUGCCUCUUUUUGUUUAAUUUUCACCCUGU